AUGGCAGACUUUGUCAAACAGGAAAACCAGCAGAUUGAGCACCAGAAUCUACUCUGCAAUUUCACUCUGGAUGGUGGAUGUUUUGAAAUUGUUAAUACAACAUGGCUGCAGGCAAACAAUGAAACAUGUCCAAAUGGAUCAGAAAUCUCCAUUCGUCACCAGGGUCCAAGUGAGCAAUACUGGGAUAAAAUGGUUUUACGCCGUUCCAGUUCAAUGGAUGAGACUGGGGAGAUAGUCUGGGAUUUAGCCCUCUGCCUGCUUCUGGCCCGGUUGAUGGUUGGAGUAGCGUUAUCGAAAGGAAUCAAAUCAUCAGGAAAGGUGGUUUAUUUCACUGCAAUAUUCCCUUAUGUGGUUCUAACCAUACUCCUGAUCCGAGGGGUUACCCUGGAGGGAGCCUCUAAAGGAAUCGCUUUCUACAUCGGAAGCCAGUCAGACUUCUCCAAACUGGCUGGUACACUAACUCUAUUUUCUAAUUACCAAGUCUGGAAAGAUGCUGCAACACAAAUUUUCUUUUCUAUCUCAGUGGGUUGGGGCAGCUUAGUCGCAUUGUCAUCCUACAACAAGUUCCAUAACAACUGCUAUAGAGACACCAUCGUCGUCUGUGUUGUUAAUUGUGCUACGAGUGUGUUUGCUGGAUUUGUCAUCUUCUCCAUCCUUGGACACAUGGCUCAUGUACAAGACAAGCCUGUUUCAGAGGUUGCACAGUCAGGUUUUGGUUUGGUCUUCAUUGCCUACCUAGAGGCUCUUGCACAGUUGCCAUGGGCACCAUUAUGGUCUGUUUUAUUUUUCUUCAUGCUGUUCACACUGGGACUUGACACACAGUUUGGAGCUUUAGAAACAAUUAUAACAGCCCUACUGGACCAGUUCCCUACAUUUCUCCGAUCAAAGCGCCUUCUUCUGACUGUUGGUGUUUGUUCAUUGUUUUAUCUCCUUGGCCUUCUAUUUGUGACACGGGCUGGGAUUUACUGGUUAAAUUUUGUGGAUCAUUAUGCUACGAACUGGAUUCUGUUUAUAACAGCUCUCCUGCAACUCAUCGGUCUCAGCUGGAUCUAUGGGAUAAACAGAUUCAUCAAAGACAUUGAGAUGAUGAUUGGGGAAAGGAAUUGGCUCUUCUGGUUGUGUUGGAGAAUAUGUUGGAUUCUGAUCUCUCCAUGUUUGCUGGUGGCAGUCUUAAUCUGGUCCUUAGCAACAUUCAGCCCUCCAACAUACGGACCUGUUGAAUACCCUGUCUGGUCAAUAGCACUGGGCUGGUGUAUGAUCAUCUUCUGUAUUAUGUGCAUCCCCCUUGUGGCCAUGGUGAGAGUUGUCCAAGCUGAGGGCUCCACGUUGUGGCAGAAAAUAUCUGCUGCUUGCAAAUCAGAUCCUAAUUGGGGUCCGUACUUGGAAAAACACAGAAAGGGAAGAUACAGGAAGAAGCCUGACUCUACAGAACUCCCGAACUGUGUGAAACUUCUGGCCUCUCCUGAGAAAUGAAAAUUUAAAGGAAAAUUCCUGUUCAAUUAGUAAACAAUAGUCCUAAAAUUCCGCCGCCAUUCUGAUAUACAAUCAGCGUAACUUCAUUGGGUAUUCCCUUGAUCAGUCAGCACCUUGGCCAAGAUCAAGGCAUAAGGUUGGUUGAAGUUUCCUGUGCCCACUGUAAACAUGGGCAUCAAUUUGGAGCAGGGUGGGGCUGGCAAGAAUUACUGAGCAUUCGAGUUCCUGCACCAUGGGCGUUCAGUUGUGUUCCUCCCUGAGUCCUGGUGAUAAUAUACAGGAUUCCCAUCUCUGUACUUUGUAUACAGGAACUCCUGCUGUCACAACA